AUGUCGGCCACGUUCGCCUCGUCAGCGAGCGCUCGCGCAUAUCGAGCGGAGAGCGCGGCGAGUUCCAAAUUUUCGGAUAAGAGCCGCCGCAUCAACUCCAACCGCGUCGUGCGCGCGCGCCACGCGCCCUCGACGUCCACCGAGGGUGAUUUAAUGGAUACAACGUCGAUGCCCGCGAUAUACUCCGCGCCGGACGGAAGCAAAGAAUCCGAGGUCCUGAGUAAGCUCCGACGGGUGAUCGACCCGGACUUUGGCGAGGACAUUGUAAACUGCGGGUUCGUGAAGGCGCUCGUGAUCGACGAGAGCGCCGGGAGCGUGCUGUUCGCGAUCGAGCUCACGACACCAGCGUGCCCGGUGAAGGCAGAGUUCGAGCGGCAGGCGAAGGCGUUCGUUGAGGAGUUGGAUUGGGUGAAGCGGGUGUCAGUGACGAUGACGGCGCAGCCGGCGAGAAACGACGCGCCAGAGACGGUUGAGGGACUUCGCAGGGUAUCACACAUCAUCGCCGUGAGCUCAUGUAAGGGUGGGGUCGGGAAGUCGACGACGAGCGUGAAUUUGGCGUACACGUUGGCGAUGAUGGGGGCUAAGGUUGGGAUUUUAGACGCCGACGUUUAUGGGCCGAGCCUGCCGACAAUGAUCUCCCCAGACGUUCCAGUGCUGGAGAUGGAUAAGGAAACGGGGACGAUCAAGCCGGUGGAGUACGAGGGGGUGAAGGUGGUUUCGUUUGGUUUCGCCGGCCAGGGUAGCGCGAUCAUGCGAGGCCCCAUGGUGAGCGGAUUGAUCAACCAGCUGUUGACGACGACGGAUUGGGGCGAGCUCGAUUACUUGAUAAUCGACAUGCCCCCAGGAACGGGUGACGUGCAGCUGACGUUGUGCCAGGUCGUCCCGAUCACCGCUGCGGUCGUAGUGACAACGCCGCAAAAGCUUGCCUUCAUCGACGUCGAAAAGGGCGUUCGCAUGUUCGCCAAGCUCGCUGUCCCGUGUGUGAGCGUCGUGGAGAACAUGAGCUACUUCGAGGUUGACGGAGUCAAGCACAAGCCCUUCGGCGAGGGAAGCGGGGCGAAGAUCUGCGAGCAGUACGGCGUCCCGAACUUGCUACAAAUGCCUAUUGUUCCGGAUCUGAGCGCGUGCGGAGAUACCGGCCGACCUCUCGUCCUGCGAGACCCGACGUGCGAGACGAGCUCGCGAUACCAAGAGGUCGCCGCCACCGUCGUGCGCGAGGUUGCCAAGCUCAACAACGGCAAGAAACCGCGCGUCGACAUAGAUCCUGGCUAUGACGGCGCUUUCCGAGUGGAAAUCCCCGGGGAGAACAACGACAAGGCGUUCUGGAUCACCGCCAAGAACGUUCGUCUCUCCGACGAGAGCGCUCGUGUGAAGGGGAGCGAUGAGUCUCCAGACAGACUCCUCAACGGAGCCCCCAUCCCGGACGACAUCGCACCGGUGGAGAUGUCCGUGAUCGGAAACUACGCGAUGAGCAUCACCUGGCCCGACGGUCUGAGCCAGGUCGCGGCAUUUUCUACACUGGCCAAGCUCGAGCGCUUGCCCGCCCGCGCGUCGUGA